AAGACGGCGAAACGAGAGACGGAGACAGAGAGAGAGAUGGAGUCGGAGAAAGUGGUGGUAGAUGAGCUGCCGCUAGCUAUCGUGCGCCGGGUGGUGAAGGAUAAGCUGUCGGAGUGUUCGCCGGAUUAUGACGUCAGCAUUCACAAGGAAGCACUGGUCGCAUUCUCGGAGAGUGCUCGGAUCUUCAUCCACUACCUCUCGUCCACGGCAAAUGAUUUCUGUAAAGAUUCAAGAAGACAAACUAUAAAAGCUGACGACGUGUUUAAGGCAUUAGAAGAAAUGGACUUUGGAGAAUUUUUGGAGCCGCUUAAAGCUUCUCUUGAAGAGUUUAAGAAGAAGAACGCUGGGAAAAAGGCUAGUGCUGGAACAAAUCCGAAGCCUGCUGGUGGAGCGGCUACGAAGCCUAAAGAGACAAAAAAGAGGAAACCGGAAGAAGCGUCAACGCAGAAGAGUAUGAGGAAAAGCAAAACAGAUGAGGGAGAACACAAGAGUGAUGAAAAUGUUGAGGAGAAUGAGAAUGUUGAGGAGAAUGCAAAUGAGAACGAUGAGGAUGACAAUACCGAAGAGAAUGGGAAUGAUGAGGAGAACGAGAAGGAGGAUGAAGCUGAGGAAAACAGCAUGGAAGAGAAUAAUGAGGAGAAUAGCAUGGAAGAAAAUGGGAGUGGGAAUGGUGAAGAAGAUAACGAGAACGAGGAUGGGAAUGAGAGUGGUGAAGAGGAAGAAGGUGAUGAAGGAGAUGAGUGAAGUCAAAGGUUCUUUCAUAUAUUCUGCAAAGAACAAUGUUCUCUUCAGGUUUUUGUUCUAAUCGAUUGGCUUGUCAGCUUGAGAAGCAGUGCUUGUGUUGGCAUGAGCAUGUCGUAAACUGAUUUAGGAUGCUCUUUUGACUCUAGUGUUAACAGAUAUGUAAGUGAAGGUUUAGAUAAUGAAGUGUUUGUACAAGAGGACCAAAACUACUAGAGAAGCAAAAAAACAAAUUCUUGCCUAAUUA